GCUGUUUCCGUGGUAACGAAUGGAGUGUAAACGGAAGUCGCGCUCGUGGAAUGUCAAAAUCAACGUGCCGAUGUGAAAAGUGCAAAAGUUUCGCUAGCUGAAUUAAUUGCAGAGGUGCAACAUCAUCGCAGCAUGAGAGCUCAUCCAACAUGGGUGGACAAGGUCCAGGAUAAAACGGAGCAAUGUAUAUACGACUUGUGUUUCAACCCAGACGGCACGCAACUAGUAGUUGCUGCAGGUCAGCAAGUGCUCGUCUAUGACACCAGUGAUGGGGCAUUGAUCCAACCCCUUAAAGGCCACAAAGACACGGUCUAUUGCGUCUGCUACGCCAAAGAUGGGAAGAAAUUCGCGUCGGGCAGUGCUGAUAAGAGCGUGAUAAUAUGGACUUCCAAGCUGGAGGGAAUCCUGAAGUACUCGCAUAACGAAGCCGUGCAAUCCAUGCAAUUCAACCCAGUUUCCCACCAACUUCUAAGCUGUUCCCUGUCUGACAUCGCAUUUUGGUCUGCGGAGCAAAAGGCGGUCCAAAAGCAUAAAUCCGGCGGGAGAGUCAAUUGUUGUGCAUGGUCAAAGGAUGGGCAAUAUCUGGCCAUUGGACUCGCAUCUGGUUACGUGUCGAUAAGAAAUAAGAACGGAGAAGAGAGAACCCGAAUCGAGCGACCUGGAGGAACGCCGGUGUGGAGUUUGUCAUGGAGUCCCUCACGAGAGGAGUCGACAGACGUCCUGUGCGUCGCGGAAUGGGGUGGCACUCUGUCUUUUUACAACGUCGCCGGGAAAUCGAUCGGAAGGGACCGGAGCCUAAACUUCGUCCCUUUAAGAGUUACCCAUUUUCCCGAGGGCCAAUAUCUCCUAGUCUGCGGCAGCAAUAAGCAAUGUUUAUUAAUGACUUUCGACGGCAUCCAAUUGGCGACUGUCGGGAAUAGUUUUAAUUCCUGGGUCUGGAGCUGCGCGGUGCACCCGACGUCUUCUCACGUGGCAAUAGGCUGCCAGGAUGGGACCAUCACGUAUCUUAGGCUAUCAUGGAGCAUAGUGCACGGACUCUACGGGGACAGAUACGCAUACAGAGAGAACAUGAUCGACGUUAUAAUCCAGCACCUAAUCAGCAAUCAGAAAGUGCGGAUCAAGUGCAAGGACCUGAUUUGCAGAAUCGCGGUGUACCGCGACAGACUCGCGGUGCAAUUGCCAGAACGUGUGAUAAUAUACGAGCCCAUCGAUAACGGGGACGGGAUGCAUUACAGAAUACGCAAGAAAUUGGCGCAAACGUUGAAUUGCAAUUUGCUAGUAGUCACGACGAAUCAUUUGGUACUCUGCUUGGAAAGACGCCUGCAGAGCAUGUCCUUUUCCGGCGUCAUCGAGAGAGAAUGGAUCCUUGAUGGACACAUAACGUAUAUCAAGGUGGCGGGAGGUCCUGCAGGUCAAGAAUGCUUAAUCACUGGAUUGAAGACGGGCCAGGUGAUGAGGAUCUACCUGGACAACCCCUUUCCUGCCCACCUUGCAAAGGUGGACGGAGCAAUAAGGUGUCUAGACAUAAGUUCCACGAAAGAGAAGCUGGCAGUGGUGACCGAGAAUGGUGUAUUGUCCGUCUUCGAUUUGCAUGCGGAAAUGAAGUUAAAGGAGUUCCAGGAGGUGACCAGCGUGGCUUUCAACAGCGCCUUCGAGGACAUGCUGUGUUUCUCGGAUCUCACUCACCUGGCGAUCAAAGUGGGGAAUUUCAACGAGUACAAGCAGAAGUUUUCGGGAUUCGUGGUCGGACACAAUGGCUCGAAGGUUUACUGCCUGAAUGGGUCGACCAUCGCGACAGUGGAGAUACCUUUGUCAUCAUCCAUGUACCAAUACCUGGAGCUCGGAAUGUUCGACGAAGCAUACUCCAUAGCAUGCCUAGGAGUCCCGGAAGCAGACUGGCUCGCCCUUGGAAUCGCAGCUUUGGACAGUCUAGAGUUGAACACAGCCUACUCGGCGUUCGCGAGGAUCAAGAAGCUGAGGUACAUCGAAAUGGUCUCAGAAGUCGAGGAGAAGCUGAAAUCGGGCGAAUGGGGCCGAGAGGCCUGCAUGGCCACUGCAGCUGCGGCGAUGGGCAGGCUGCGAGAGGCGGCGAGACUCUACCAGAAAGCAGGACUGCAACAAUGCGCUCUGCACAUGUACUCGGAUCUAAGGAUGUUCGACAUCGCCCAAGAAUUCGUGGCCAGUGGCAACACGCAGGAUCGCACCAUCCUGUUGCGUCGCAGGGCAGAGUGGGCGAAGAGUCUGGGCGAGCCUCGAGCAGCUGCGGAAAUGUUCCUGGCCGCAGGUGAUAUCCAGCGGGCGAUUAAUAUAAUCGCCGAAUACGGCUGGGUGGACAUGCUCAUCAAGGUUGGCAGACAAUUGGACAGGGCCGAGCGGGACAGUUUGUCGACGAUUGCGAGGAAAUUGCGACAAUUAGGCGCCACCCACGGAGCGGCCGAGAUCUUCGGUCGCUUGGGGGACGAUCCUGACGUUGCCGACGUCCUGGUCGACGCCCAAGCCUGGCCAGAGGCUUUCGAACUUGCCGAGAGGAAUCCAAAACUGAAACCUCGGGUUUACGGACCCUAUGCCAGAUGGUUGGCCGAGACUGGUCGUUUCUCGGAGGCGCAGGAAGCCUUCCAAAUGGCGGGGCAGACGGAAGAAUCCACGGUGGUUCUGACGACCCUGGCGAAAAAUGCAGUCAUCGAAAAGAGAUAUCGAGAUGCCUCCUACUUCUACUGGCUCCUCUCACAGCUGAGUCUGGAUAUGAAUAGGUCGGAAGAAGAAGUGAAGGCUACCGUUCAGGCAUACUCUGAUAAGGCUGAUAUCUACUACGCUUACCAUGAAGUGUACAAAUACCUGGAAGAACCAUUUACCUCGUUAAUGCCGGAGGCUCUGUUCAACAUCUCGAGAUACCUCCUCAUAAAAACUCAAGGGGUCCAAGUGGAAGGCGUAUCGAAGCUGACCAUUAUUUACGUCCUUGUAAAACAGGCUCGUUUACUUGGAGCGAACAAGCUGAUGAUGCAGCUGCUGGAGCGGAUGAGGGGAAUGAAGAUUCCCAGUCACCUUUUGGCCCAGGUCGAAAUCUCCACCCUGGCAGCGCGGGCGAACCCCUACAGAGACCCUGAAGAGUUGCUGCCCCUUUGCUACCGGUGUUCCACCUUCAAUUCCCUACUUCCCGCCAGCAACGUCUUCAGCAACUCCUGCGUCCAGUGCGGACUAAAAUUUCAGCAUUCCUUCGUUAUGUUUGAAAUUCUGCCACUGGUCGAGUUCGAAUUGGAGGAGAACAUCACCGACGAAGAGGCCGAAAAAUUAAUAGAAGAACCAUUGCCGCCCUCGGAGAGCUCCAACAGUAUAGAUCAGCUGACUCUGGCCGACGAAGAAGCGGAUUUAUUCACCGCUCGUCUUAUGCGAUACGAGAAUAAAUUAGGGGGAUCAACGAUAACCGUUGGCCGAGGAGUAUUGACGAGUAUGGAGCCAUCCACCGUUCUGAUAGCAAAAUGGCCAAAGCCCUUCAAGACGAGAUAUUUCCGCAACCUUCUGCCAGACCUACAGGUCACGUUAUGCAAGACCUGUCUCAAACUAUUCCACUCCGACGACUACGAAUUAGCGCUGCUAAGAUACGGACACUGUCCCUUCUGUCGAACUCCCAACUCCACGACUCAGAAUAUUUAAAAGUGCAAUUACCACGUACUGAUCGUACCCUCAAUUACCAGUGAACUCGAUUCAACGGAGUUCCUCAACUGCGAGUACUCGAGCACUCGCGUGAUAGACCCAACGUCUUCUGGUUCUCUUUUAUCCAACGUAGUG